UGCGCCCGCGCUCCGUAGCGCCGUUCGCCGCGUGCUCGUGUACCCGCGCCCGCGCACCGGCCCGCGCCGCCUGCAGCGUCGUGACGCCGCCCACGUUAUUAGAUUUGGGGCAUUCAAGCGUAGUGCGGGGCGCUCUAGAGUGGCGCCUCCGCCCGCCAGAAAACGUCACUGUGGGAGAGCAACGCGGCGUCAUGUCCGCGUCGCCUCAGCCGGUCACUUGUGAGGAGCGUGCACGCACUCCUAGAGCUGCUGCGUCGCCGCCUUCCGCACCACGUUCGCCUGCGCCUGCGCAUGCCGUCCUUGCUACUAUGACCCCUGUUCAACCUGCUCAUGAUUACUAUCCACACAAGGUAGAGAUGGACUCCGAUGACGGCUAUCCACCUGAAGCACAUUCUUAUCGUCAUUCACCUCAUGAACUCGCCGCAUACGCUCCUGACAAUAAAGUACCUGUACAGCCAGACGUAUAUGAUCAAGGUAUGGAGUCUAUCGAUGAAAAGACUCCUAUAGAUCUUAUUUAUGAAGAUGAUAAAGAAACUGUAAUAUAUACAACGACUCCGGAUCAGAAACGAGUAGAAAUGAUAAGUGGACAACUAGAGGAUGGCCAAUUGGUCAGUGGAGCCGGCCAGCUGGUUGAUGGUGGUGUAUCGGUGGUAGUUGGAGCCCCCGGGCAAGGAACCGUUCUUGUACUUGCUGAUGAACUAGGACAAGUUAUAACAAUACCCAGGAGACGCAAGGAAAUGAUGGAAGUUAGCGGUGAAUCUUGGCGCGCUUAUUACACUGGGGGAGCCGAACAUCCACUGAGUGCUGCUACUUCUGCGGUUCUCGGCGUAGCAGAUGACUCACAACCUCAGCCCCUCGUCACUGAAUACUACAAGCUGCCUCCACUAGCGCAAGAGACGCACCUCAAUCUUCAUAAGGAAGUCUGGUCGGCCGGCGGAGCACUGAAGGCGGCCAAUGGCGCGCACGGGGCGGAGCUGGGCGAGCUCUCGGGCCUGCUUCACGCGGGCCUCGUGAAGCGCGAGCCCGAGGAUCUCAGCCGCAAGGUGGUCGACGAGCCCGAGCCGCACGCGCUCAAGCCGCCGCGACACAAGGUGGCGGUCGGCGAGCCUGGCGAAGCAGCAUCGCCGUCUCCAGUACCGUCACGGGCCUCUUCAGCUGGCUCGCUUUUGCCUGACGCGGCAAUGUAUGCAGCGCAAAUGUUUGCGCCUCCAGGCACGCCCAGUCCGACACCUUAUGGGGACCAGUAUCCACGGCAAACAGCAUCUUUUGCUGGCGAGCCCUACUAUCGAGAGUAUUUUGUCGGCGAUGGCUACCAACAAAGGGCUGCACCACCCUACAGUGACACUGAGUCGGCAUCAGCAUCGGCUUUCGGUGACCGAUACUCAGCACCUCGGUACCAUAGCAAGAGCGUGAUCGCUGCCGCAGGCCUUACUGUGGAUCUGCCAUCACCGGACAGCGGCAUCGGUGCAGAUGCUGUCACACCUCGUGACCACACUACUGUCCAGCAGUCGUUCGAGUACACGGUAAUCUGCCAGCAGCCCGGCGUGGGAGAAGACGGCCGUGGCACCCCCGCAGCGCACCACUCUCCCGCGCAACCGCCCCGCACGCGCCCCUGGCACGACUUCGGUCGGCAAAAUGACGCUGACAAGAUCCAAAUCGCUAAGUUGUUUUCUCCAUAUGGGUUCAAGUACCACCUGGAGACGGCGAGCAGCAGUUCGCAACGCCGUGAAGAUGACCGUAUUACUUACAUCAAUAAGGGCCAGUUUUAUGGCAUCACAUUGGAAUAUGUCCAUGAUCCAGACAAACCACUUAAGAACCAAACCGUUAAGAGCGUCGUAAUGCUUAUGUUCCGAGAAGAAAAAUCACCUGAAGAUGAAAUCAAAGCAUGGCAGUUUUGGCAUGGCAGACAACAUUCAGUCAAGCAGAGGAUACUAGAUGCCGACACGAAGAACAGCAUCGGACUCGCCGGCUGCAUCGAAGAGGUAGCUCAUAAUGCUAUUGCCGUCUACUGGAACCCACUUGAAAGUGCAGCCAAGAUUAAUAUUGCUGUACAAUGUUUGAGUACGGACUUCAGUAGCCAGAAGGGAGUGAAGGGCUUACCACUACAUAUUCAGAUCGACACUUUUGAAGAUCCACGAGACUCACAAGUUUAUCAUAGAGGAUAUUGCCAAAUCAAAGUUUUUUGCGACAAAAAGGGGGCUGAAAGAAAAACAAGAGACGAAGAAAGAAGAGCAGCGAAAAGAAAAAUGUCGGCUACAAAUAGAAAAAAGUUAGAUGAAAUUUAUCAUCCGGUGACCGAAAGAAGCGAAUUUUACUCUAUGGCUGACUUAACAAAACCGCCAGUGUUGUUCAGUCCGGCUGAAGACAUCGAUAAGUUAACAGGAAUGGACAUACAGGGAUUCUAUGGACACGACGAAGCGGCUCUAGCCGAAGCUCACCUCAAAGGUGCUUCCCCUUUCCUGUUACAUGCGGCGAAACCUCAAGCACCUGCGCUCAAGUUUCACAAUCACUUUCCACCAGAUGCACCGGCGUACCGAUCGGAUGUAGGCGGAUUAUCACCAUAUAGCGACAGAAAAGACUCUCUAGAACUGGAAGGCGUGCUCGGAAAGCGCGCGCGCACGUCUACGCCGCCGCUCAGCGAACGCGUCAUGCUCUAUGUCCGUCAGGAUACUGACGACGUGUACACGCCACUCCACGUGGUGCCACCCACCACGCAGGGUCUUCUGCAUGCCAUUGAGAAUAAGUACAAAAUUUCAAGUUCGGCAAUUAAUAAUCUUUAUCGAAAGAACAAGAAAGGGAUUACGGCCAAAAUUGAUGACGAGAUGUUGGCAUACUAUUGCAACGAGGACCUGUUUCUCUUGGAAGUGCGGCCAGCGAGCUCCAGUGAAGACGAGCCUCUCUACGAUAUCACCUUCGUGGAGUUGCCUCUAGAACAUUAACGCUAGUGCUGCAUUCGCGUUUAAUUCUACCCAAUUCCUAUGCAGACGAAUUGAAAAUUUAUAAAAGAAAAUACUGUAAAAAUUCUAUACAAACAUAAUAGUUGCAUACAUCUAGAGUGUAAUAGACUUUCUAGUAACAACAUAUUCGUCUGCAUCGGACAAUGUUCACCACUAUCCGUGUUCUUAAUUUAUCUUUUCUUAAAAUUAGAAGUGUAACGUCUAAUGUGGUGAACGUUAAAAUUCAGUGUCAUAACAUUCCGUAUUAUGUGCUCAUUAUUUAUAAAUAAGGUUGUCUCUAAAGUGUCGAUCUCAGGUUGAAAUUUACUAUUAAGGAAAAACAUCAAAACAACGAUACGUUUAUAUUAAUAAAACGAAUGUCACAAAUCGUGGUUGACCGUUUCAUAAACGGCGAUGGGACCAUUUUGUAUAUAUAUAUCUAUCUCUUAGUGCCUUACGAAACAUUUUAAAAGAUAGUAAUGGCCGAGAAAAACGAUUGUUUUAUUUGGUAGUGUGAACAUUGGCUUCUUUUUUUGGAAUAAUCGUUACGAAUAAGUAAACGAAUUGUUAAAGGACGUAAUGAUCUGCUUCCGAAUUAAAUUGUGUGUGCCAUUCACUCGGUUAUCAUACUAGAUUUAUGUAGUUAUCGUUUAACAGGUACCUUUAAUCUUGCCAUGAUGAUAAAGUAAGAAAGUUCUUGUCACAAAUGUAAUAUUGUAGAUUAAUACUACUACAGUAAACAAGAAAAAUAAUGUGCCUUUGUCAUAAUUAAUUUUUAUAUCUUAAUGUAAGUGAGUUAAGUCAAAUUAAAUGCCAUCCACUUUGUUAAGUUUUAUAUGGAUAAGUUUGCUUUAUAAGCUCGCUCAAUUCAUUCAUUUAGUAAAGUUGAUAUUAGUUGUAAGAUCAGUCACAAUGUUGUUUCCAUUUUAAAAAUAUUAUCAUAACUAGAACAUGUUAUGAACACUGCACGAAAUAUUCCAGGUGUGAAUAUAGAGUACAAUGAUAUGAAAUCAAUCGUAUUUGGCGUCAUCUAGGUCGAUCUUGUGAUACUGCCUUUAAAACCGAAAAGGGAAAUGAUUAAUAAGAAUAAUCAAAGUACAGUUAAGAGAAAUUAAAAUUUUAAAUGAGACAAUGUUGUUACUUCGCAUAAUAAACGCUAGAUAUAAUAUUUUGUCAUUAACAGUCUCAUUGUCGACCAUCAGAACAACUUUAACAUUCAUAAGCGGGAGUGGUUUGCAUACAAUGUUACAAUUUUAUUCAUAAUAGAUAUUGAUAUAUUUUAUUUUACGAUACAUAAGUCAUCGGGCCAUGACAACUGAUAAUGUGAAUAGAAUAUAACCGUUCAAGACUUAGGUAUUUAUAAGAUUUAUCACAGAACUUUAAUUUUCGAUCCGCGCCGACUUUUAAAUCUAAAGUUUAACUCAGAUGAUCGAUUUGAGAAAAUAUAUUUUAUUAUCUGACAACUCAGAAGAUACGUUAGGUUUUCUCCACCGAUUAAUUCAAAAUUCAGAACCAGGUUCUGUUCCUUAAAAGGAUUGGUCGUAGACAAAGUCACCCAAGAUAGUUAUUAUGUUAAGUGCUGUGCCUAGUGCGGACGGUUCGAAUAACUGCCAUAUUAUGACAUAGUUUAGAUUACUUGAUGAUUUAGUGUUAAGAAUUUUAAUAUAGGUCUUUUAUUGUUCACGCAUGUUGCAAGUAAAAUCGAAUUUUAUUAGAAUAAAACUUGGUACGUAUUUCGGUAUUUACGUAUUUUAUGUAUUGUGUUGUUUUGUUUUCUAAAACGAACCGCGUUCGGUGUUUCGGAACAUCCGUCCGACGCAUGUUGUAUAUCUUCCAUAUUAUAUUAACAUUUUUACUCACUCGUUGAUAUCUUCCCACUUUAUUUUAAGAAAUUUGGAAUCUCUAUAAAUGUUAUAAGUUUAUGCAUUUCAUUGCUCAAAGUCUGCAUUUAGUUCGGAGCGGGGCGGACUCUAAGAUUUUCAUCGUGUUAUAUUGUACUUACUUAUACGUAUCGUCAUAAUGAUAUUUAUUUAUGUACUUAUGGUUAUAAAUUGUGCAGCUUUAAUGUUUACUCACAUUGAUGUUAGAUCGUGAUUCUGAAUCUCGUCAUAAGUCACAAACGUCAGUAGCAAUAAAAUACGUAAUUCAGUAUAGUAGUUCAAUGGGCGUGUUCUCGGGGCGUCGCCGGUGCGCCGCGGCGUUGUUGUGCAAUGCUUAAGUUUAUCAGAGUAACUAUAAAACGUGUGUAUAUUGGAGUGGACGAUGGCGUAAAUCGGUUUAGUAAAUGGACGCGGGCGCGCCGGCGCACGCGCACGAUCCGCCGCCUCGUGGAGAUAGUCACACUAGUUAUUAUACACAUGCCGAAAGUGGUAGCACAUUUUCGUUAUAAAAUUUUAAUCUACUUAAGUUUAAAUUGAAUAGAUGUUACGUUAUUCUUUUAUAUGAAUAUUUGU